AUGGAUAACGAAGAAAAAUAUGAUGGAUAUAAGACCAUAGAAGAACCUUUCAUAGAGUUGAACAAGGUGGAUCGAAGGCAUGGAAAGAGGCCUCUCCCUUCUGAUCAUGCAUCAAGGGAGAAAAGGGAAGGUUUCAACUUCCCUACCCAACAAGGGGAAGAAGCUUCUUCAUUCCCCUAUGUACAUCCAAUCAAUACUGGUCAUGAUAGCACCCCUACACCAAUCCCACAACAUGGCCAAAUAACCACUUCUAGCUUGAUUGAGACUCAGGACCCAUCUCAGCAGCCUUUAAAUGAAGGGAGAAAAAGACACUAUAGAGGAGUUAGGCAGAGACCAUGGGGGAAAUGGGCUGCCGAAAUCCGGGACCCUAAAAAGGCUGCUAGAGUGUGGCUUGGCACGUUUGACACGGCAGAGGCUGCAGCUGCUGCUUAUGAUGCUGCUGCGUUGAAGUUCAAAGGAUCCAAAGCUAAACUCAAUUUCCCAGAACACGUUCUUCUUGCUCCAAUACCACCAACACCUUCACCUUCUAUUCAAAAUAUUAACUACAAUAAUAGUUAUUAUGCUCCUUCUUCACCUCUUGCACCAACACCUUCACCAGUUUAUCAACCACAACCCUUGUUCUCACCAUCACAAGAAGAAGGGUUCCCAAAUCUAAUGCAGUACGCCCAGAUUCUUUGGAGUAGGGAUGAUGAUGAUCUACAACGUGUUGCUUCAGGCCUUCACCCCCACCACCAUCAUAAUCCCAAUGAGUCAUUCCAUGAUUCGAGUUCUUCAACUUUCUUCUCAUCCUCGUCCACUUCUGUGACUGAGUCUGAUCAACAGAUUGGAGAUGACACGAGUGGAUCCAAGGAGGGAGAGUAUUAUGGUUCUUGCUUUUUUAGAGGGAGUGAUUUUCAUGGCAAGAAUUGA